UUAUGAAGCAUGCGUGCUACGUAUGGCAACACUCUCAGCUGUUUACUACACCAAACGUUUAAGUUGUUAAUUUUAGCUGAAGCGCCUAAAUAAUUUUGCAAAAUGCUAUUCUACUCUUUCUUCAAAUCGCUUGUGGGCAAGGAUGUUGUGGUCGAGCUGAAAAAUGACUUGAGUAUAUGCGGCACAUUGCACUCGGUGGAUCAAUACUUGAAUAUAAAAUUGACCGAUAUUAAUGUGACGGACCCUGAUAAAUACCCACAUAUGUUAUCUGUGAAAAAUUGUUUCAUACGCGGCUCCGUUGUGCGGUACGUACAAUUGCCAGGUGACGAGGUGGACACACAACUGCUACAAGACGCUGCUCGUAAAGAGGCUGUAGUGAGCACGAGAUAAAACAAAUACAUUUCCAAUGUAGUUUAUAAACACAUAUAUAUGAAUAUCAGGUCAAUAAUAUUUAAAGUCGAUAAUUUUGUAAUUGAA